AUGAAAACACUUAAAUGGGGUAUUAUUAUCUAAAAUAGUAAGGAUUAGAACGUGUUGACGUAUUUGGUUAAAUAGUAUUUCUUCGUAUGAAUAAAUAAGCCUAUUUUAGAACAAAAAUAGGAGGUACAAUAUCAUUAGCAGUCUUAUUUUUAAUGAUAUAUUUCUACUCUUAAAGUUUACAAUCUUUUUUCCUUAAAGAAUAAUUAAGAGUUAUCUCAGCCAAUUAAUAUGAAGAUGAAGUUUAAUCAAUAUAAUUAGAUCAAUCUGAUUUCAUGUUUGCUUUUAAAAUAGAGUAAAAUAAUUUUACUACAUCGCCUUUUUUUAAUUUAACACUGGAAUAAAAGUAAAUUGAAUAAAAUGAUAUUCAAGAAUAUACUAAAGGCUACCAAAUGGUUAAUAAAACAAGAUAUCAAAUAUCAUACCUUUAGUGUCUUGUACAAGUGACAGAUUCUAAUCCACUUUCUCUAGAUAUGGAAUUGAUUUCAUAGAAAAUUUCAAUAGUUUUGGAAUUAAUGAUUUUUUAUGUCCAGAGUAAAAUAUAUUAUAAUUAUUUAAGGUAUAAUAACACAAUAUUUGUUGGAGGUACUUACACAAGUAAAUAUUAAAACCAUUUAUAUAGGCAGUGAUUUUCAAUUUUUAACAUUAACUAUAUCAAAUUGUGAAAGUAAUAAUAAAAUUUCAUGUGCAUCAAAAGAAACAGUUGAUCAGUAUUUUUAAAGUACUGGAUCUUUUAAGUUGUAAAUUUAUACUAUCAAUCAAGUAUAGAUAUCUAUUACAAUUAUUAGAUAAUAAAUCCUUAUAAAUAAAGAUAUAGAUCAGCAUUUUUGGAUGAUCAAAUAUAUUUUACAUUUGUACCAAAUUAACUUAAUAGAAAAGCAAAUAUAUAUUUUAGAAAAUAUGAAUUUCUUAAUGAUGAAAGUUUAUUACCAUUUAGGUAUUAAUAAUAAUGAUCAAAAGUGAUAUAUAAGAAGAUACAGUUUUUUUAAUUGAUUAAUCAGAUAUAAAAGAGAUGUCAGACAUUGGUACUACUCUUGAUGCAUCUUAUGCAACAUUUAAUUUUCGAUUGAAUCCAUUUAAAACUAAAUUCACUAGAAGUUAUUAAAAAGUAGAUGAGCUUUUAUCAAAUCUUGGAGGUAUCUAAUAAAUAUUCUUCUUUUUUAUUGGAUUACUAGUUGGUUUAUAUAAUAGAAUACAAUGUAUGAUUAUCAAUUAUAAUAAGUUUUGGUUGAAUUGGCAAAUAAAUUAUUUGAAUUCUAAUUAGAUUCAACUAUUUAAAAUAGAUAAUAUUAAGAAAAUCUUGAAUUGAUUGAUGAAUUCAUGUAGCAUCGAGAAAAUCAUCUUCAUAUAAAUUCUAAUGCAGAAAUAGAUGAAUUAGAAAAUUAAUAAGUAGAUGAUAAACUUUCUCCUGAUAUUUCACAAAGAUAUAAUUUACUUAAUCUAUUUUUAAAUACUGGAGCUAUAGUAUCAAAAGCUACAAAUCAUUCAAAAUCAAGUAAAGAAACAAGCAAAUAACAUUAUAUAUUGGCUGAAAAAUUAAAAUUCAUAUCAGGACUUGAUUAUUUUUAACAAUAAAUAAUAAAAAUUAUAGAACGGCAGAAACCAAUUUAUUUAGAUUUUCAGAUUUUCUGCAAUUAUUUUAGUUGUGGCAAACUCUUUAAAAAUUAACCAAAAGUUAUUCUAAUGAAUAAAGCAUUGUAAUUUAAUUUAUUAAUUAUUAUUAAAGUGAUAACAUAAUUGAUUAAUUAGAUGUUCAUCAUAUAUUAUUGAAAUUAAAUGAAUUAGAAAAGCUCAAAGAAACUAUUUUUAAUUAUAAAUAAUUGAUGAUGUUUAAUUUCACUCCAAAACCUUUAAUAAAUCUUGAUAGUAUUACUAAAGAACCCUCAAGGUAACUCAUUGAAUAAAUAGUUAAAUCUCCUGAAACAAUGGGUAAGAUUGUUAUUAUAUUAAAAUAGAUAAAACAGAUUUUGAAACAAUUGAAAUGAUUAAUUAUAAAAAAAUGAGUAGAAAUUAACCAAAUCUUUUUGGAGAUUACUUAAUUUAUUCUAAAAUAUUUAAUGUAAAAUUUAUUGUAUAAAUAAAAUAAGGCAUAUGAUGAUAUUUUAUAAUCAAGUGAUACUGUAUAUUCAAAUAGAGCAUUGAUUCAAAAACUUGGACCUGAAUUAUAGAUAGUUUUUAAGUUAUCUAAAUUGAUAGAUAUACAACAUAAAAUUUAUAAUAAAUAAAGAAAUCCAACUAGGAGAGGUGCUGUAUAAUAAGAAGAGGAAGAUCUUUGUGUAAAAAUGUUUGAUUAAUAGAGCUAAUAAAAUUGA